AUGCUUAUUCACGUUGCCAUAUGCACCAAUGACCUUGACUAUUGCCUAGAAUAUCAGCUGAUCGCGCCGGAACAACACCUAUGGAGUUGCGACGAUAAGGGCAAUGCGUAUUUUCUUUCCUCUUGGGAGGCGGGAUGGAGACGGCUAAGAGCACAUCGGGGUGUUCAGCUGCGUGUUAAGCGGAUUGUAGCUGGUGCUUGGUGUGUGUGGGCCAUUGGUGUCGAUCAGUCGCCUUAUCUCCUUGUUCCCUCUGACGGAACGACAAUACGCGUGACAGAGAUAAUCGUACAGCAUGAGCGCUGGAAUCCGUCUUCGGGCUUCUCUGCAUCAAAUCUCACCGUCAAAGAUCCCCCCGAAUAUCAACGGAUUGGGUACAAUACUUGUAGUUGGACUGAUCUCCCGUCUACUCGGUGGAAAUGGGAAUCGCCGGAGUGGGAGUAUAUGCUCGAGCACAGUGAAGACCGGGCAGGUUGGGAGUACUCAACAUCCUUUAGUGGAGAUGCCAUCUUCUCCUCUUUCUACCGAUGCGAUUGUGUGGUUCGAAGGCGUCGAUGGCAGCGGGUUAGACGAUUUCUAGGCCACGAUCGCUGGCUUCUCUGCAGUGUCUCCUCCGACGACCUUGACCCUCGAAGCGGGCCACGCCUCUUCUCAAAUAAAGGCAUUGUACAUGUCCACAGACUGGCUAUUGGCGGACAGGCCAUCCCCUACCAAUCGCUUGGCUUUCUCAUACCCUGGGCAGUGACCAAGGACGGACGUGUUAUAUGCAGAACUGACGUCCAUCGCAACAAUCCCGAGGGCAGUAAUUGGGUGGAAUGGCACCUGCUUAUAGUGCAGGACCAAAACUCUGGCAAAUUUCAUCCACACACCCACCAGCCAUUCGCUAUUGAUAUCCAUGUCAAUCAGUACGGUCAGGCCCUUGUGCUCACCGACGAUAACCAACUUUUCUACCGCAACGGAGUCGCUUCCAAAUUCCCCUAUGGCACGUCAUGGAUACAGAUAGUGUGCGGUUUCCCGUCACUGAUGCUGCGGGAGCACGAGCACCUAGUGUCUGUGGCCUUGGGGGGGCGCAGUGCCUGGCUGGUGGCAAACACCGGACGGGCCUGGUUCCACACUGAUUUCGUCACCACUACCAUCUCUGGCGCUCCCCUCUUCGAAUCUCGGCCCUCCUGGGCUCCCAUGUCCGGCCGUCUCGCCUGCCUCUCUGUCAGCUCCUCCGAUCAGGUGUUUGCGCUGGACGCCUGCUCGAAUCGCCUAAUCUACCGUAGCGGAAUAACUCCUGAAACACCAGGAGGUGAGGUGUGGUUAGCCCUCGAUUUGCCAAUUCUCCCCAGCCUUGAUGAUGACCACAAAUUAAGGAGCCCUCUGAAUCAGGAGGGCCCCCUGGCCCCCCUCUGCACCCCUCAGAAUGAGGCCAUCCAGUUUGUCAGCGGGGUACUACAGCUUACCAGUCCUGACUCUUCCGAUUCUACUGACGAUAGUCUCGAGCGACUGAGUGUGCCCGAAGACUACGAUCCCAAUACCGUCAACCCUCUCCCUCAGCUUUCACCUGCGCACAUUCUGGGUCACAGACUGCGCAGGUUCUUCACUCGCCGAAGUCGGGGUCAGAUUAACAGCUUUGUCAGUUUUCGUCGUCUCCUCACUAGGGAUGCCUUGGAUGAGAAAAGCGAUGCGUCGUGGCUGCCAGAUGACCAGGUCCUACCUAAGAUUGGUCAUCCACCUACUCGCUUGACCUCGCUCUGGGCCGGUGCGCUGAGCUCCUUAACGGAGCACCAUCUGCCUCAUCGAUGGCGGAUUGCUGCUCUCCUUUUAGGGAGGAAGAAUUUAAUCCCUUACUUCACGAUGAACGAGUUGUUGCAGCCGCCCGAGUGGCUCCUUUGCAUUGACAGCUCCCUUCCAUCCUCAGUGCUAAAUUUUGUACUCAAUGGUGUGGAAUUCACCAAUGCGGUAGCUGAUCGCAAACCAUGGACUCAAACCUUUCGGGUUGAUGUCCUUCAAAUAUCGCCAGAAGAUCGCAGUAAAUGCCAAUGGGCUCGAAGACAUGCUGUAGUCACUCACUUUGCCUCUGAAAUGCACCUCCCCGAAUUUUCCUUGGUAGCCCCUUCAUCAUCCUCUCCUACUUCAGUUUUCGAAGACUCGACCGAAGUCACAUCGGCCUCUCUGAUGUCUCAAAAAAUAAGUAGUAACGAAAUUGCCUGGGUCGGAUACAUAGAUUCCCUCUCCCCACUGAUACCUCGUAGUCUGAGAGAAGUCUACACCAGUGGUCAUAGGAAGUUCUCCGACAGUCUGCCUAUUCAAAAGCCAGAAGAAUCGCCCGCAGAGGUCCUAAAAAAGACCCUCCCACUACCUUCUAUCUUUACCCCCUCUUGUGGACAUCUGGUAGCCGUUUUCGUGCGAGACGAGAAGCCAUCACCGUCCACUACUGCUAAUCCCUCGAUGACCGUAACUACGGAGGCUGUUGAGGAUGAAGAGGAAGAAGAGAGCUCGACAGUGUUUGAAGAACACAUUUCUCUUAUUAGAAGCCACAUCGUUCCACGAUGGGUUCUUCGCUUCCCCUCCAAGGCUGAGGCGUCUGCGUGGAUGGCGGAAACACAACUUAUGGCGAGGGUACUGCCUUCUGCUGGCAGAGUCUGGCUGGUGACUGAACAGUCUGAAGUUUUCUGGGCUGUUGGGACCUCUCUGGACAGCCUUACGUGGAACAGGGUUGGUGGUCACUUUGCUCGAGUAGACAGUGUAUCCAUAUCCACUAAGGAUAAGGGUCAAGUAACGUGGGCACUAGGUCAUAACUGCACACCUUGGGUGCACAGAGGGGACUGGACGCCAGCAUCCGGCUCACAGUUUCGAUUCUCGCACAAGCAUUUUCCCUUCAACACGCCUCAUGUACAGACAGACAUUAGAAAGUUUCGGGUUUAUGAGUUUCAGUUCAGACGAAUGCUUCAUGGCUACACCUCCAGCAAAGCCUUCAACGAGCGCGGUGUCAUAUGGUUACGAGACGCACGAAAUCAGCAGCUCUGCAGCCUCUGUGACAUCCACCUUCCACCGCAUAAGGGUCGAGUUCACUGGCUAGAUGAUUGGAAGGUGGAUUUUUCGACCUUGCCUGGCUCUGCACCACACCACACGCCAGCGGUGUCGACGUCAAGAGGCGAGGAGUGGGACUGGGAGUGCGGUGGUAAGGAGAGUCCCUCCCACUCGCCACGGGGAUCGCCUCGGCGCGGCUAUAGUAUAGAUUCUUCUCUGAGCUCACCAGACUUGGUUAUCACACUGACGCAAUCACAAAACCUCACCACAACCGUCUCCUCCACCACUUUUACUAUCACCUCGACGACAUUUGCACCUCCACCCCCUUCUCCUUCAAACGGGAAUUUCAAAGAGGGUGUUGCUUAUUCGGGGACGGGUGAGGGCUUUGCCUAUUCCACUCCACCCUCAUGCGAUAAAAAGGGAUGGCUCUACGUCUCUCGAUCGUCCUCUUGCAGUUCCCAGGGCCAGCGUCCCAGGUCAGCCAGCGGGGUGCGGCACCGACGGUGGGUACGUUCUUGCGCAGUACGCACAGAGGCGCCGUGGCAGGAAGUGGGCCCGUUGAGACUUAAGUGCCUCAAUCUCUCCCGUGCCUCUCCCACCAGCCACUGCGUGGACGUCUGGGCGGUCACCGACUCUGGCGAACUCGUCUUUCGACGCGAUGUCACUCCUUCCAAUCCGGGGCCUAAUCCUUUCGCCUACACCCAGAAGUAUGAGGAAGCACUUGAUAUGGUACACGGUAAAAUCCGUCAGCUCUUCUCCGACCCCAAUCUCGUGCACACACCCGAGACCAGUGCUUUGAUGCGCGACAUUGCCGAUGAGGUGGCCUAUUUGCGCUUCGACAGCACUCUACUCAGAACUGCUUCACCGGAGUGGAGUAAAAAAUUCACGGAACGCGAACUAGUAACCCAACGUCAGGCUUUUCUCGACACCUGCACUCUUCUCACUGACCCCGGUGGUCAACUUACCGCUCGCUACCAGGUUAACAUGAAACCGGGAAACCGGGAUUGCAGCAACGUCCAUUGCGCUUGUAUUGAGUUAAAGAAGAACCCAAACGCCGAUGCCGAUAUUGGGAUUGGGUGGACAGACACUAGCAGACGUUCUGCCGAGAAUUGGGCGGUAAAGGAACUUCAGGGUCUCCGCGAUGAGCUGAGACCUCUGGCUGAAGAGGCGAAAAAGCGCACAAAACAGUACCUCGAUGCCUACGGCAUUACAGAUCGGUACACGGGAUAUCGCAACGACCUCGGCUACAUCUGCCGUCCGGAGCGUCCCACGGGUAUCGACCCCGCACUGCUUAACCCUGGUCGACCUGCUAUUGCCCCGCGCUGGAAUAUGGGCGUGGAGGAUGAGAGAGCACGCGCGGUGGAGUGCACUGACUUUGUCGCUCCACAAGACACCGAAUGUGAGCGUAUGGCGCGUACGACGCGGAAGUGUGAAGUGAAAGUAACCUGUGAGGACCCUGUGGAAGCUGCGGGAAUCGUGUGCAAGUUCCCAGGGAGAACAGAAUACGAGGAUGCUUACAUUGAUCCUCCACUGCGCAACCUCCCAAGUUCGGCCAAGAAGCCACCUCGGACGCAUCGAUCUGUGUCGGAGCAGCCCCCAGGUGUUCGCGGACGUGGUCCUGAUGUUGAAAUUGGCAUGGAGUUAAUGCGUGGCAAGAACUUUGGCAUCGGGUCACCACCGAGGCAUCAAGAUGUAUGGGUGCUGGGCACGAGAGGCUCGAAGGAGUUUCCCAGCACGGAGUACCAAGACCGGUACAAAAAGUUUCGGGCCACUGAUCUCAAUAUCUGUCCCUGGGAACCCAAGCUGAGAUGGUGCAUUUGGCUUGAGAUGGCACAGUUGAGUAAUGGGCCGAGGGCCAGGAGGGAUGGUCCGAUCAGAAAUGUUACCUUGAUGGAUUCUAGCGAAAAAAAUUCCAAGGGGUCCUCGUGGCUUCACUACCCCACGAAGUGGCGCUUGCAGUUUGUGGCCGCUGCACCAGAGAGCGGUGGUAGACGGCUGUGGACGAUUUGCGCGGACUUUGGACUAUUGUGGAGGCUGGAACAGCUUGAGACAUCAGUGCGGUGGUGCUGUCUCGGCUUCGCUCCCAGUGGGGCCGCCUGGCGUCUCCUCGCUCCGGUCAGCCCGUGCUGCCUCUGGGCUCUCGAUGUCGACGGGGCACUCUGGGUCCAUCUGGUGAGCUCCUGCGGCUCUGCAGAGGUGGCGACGGAAGAGGAGGCGGAGAACACGGAAGGGCGGGAGAUGGCCAACUGGAUCAAAGUCGCGUCCCCCCGAGUCUCUGAUAUCUCCUGCAGUCCUGACGGCAAGGUGUGGGCUGUGUUUUCGGCCACAAAUACUCUGGCCGUUCGAACCGGAAUCUCACCAAAAUCUCCGAGUGGAACCGUGCGGAGGCGCUAA